AUGGCGGCCGCGGCGGUCGCGGCGGCGGCGGCUGCUGCUGCGACGGCUGCGACGGCGGCCGCGGCGGCCACCCCCGCGGCACCCCCGGCCGCGGUUCCCUCCGCGGGCGCGGGGCGAGGGAGCGGCGCCGGUACCGCGCGCGGCUUCUACUUCAACACGGUGCUGUCGCUGGCGCGGUCGCUGGCCGUGCAGAACCCGGCGCCGCUGGAGAAGGUACAGAAACUGCUCUGCAUGUGCCCAGUGGAUUUCCAUGGCAUCUUCCAGUUAGACGAACGUCGCAGAGAUGCUGUUAUUGCUUUGGGAAUCUUUCUAAUCGAAUCUGACCUGCAGCACAAGGAUAAUGUGGUUCCUUACCUCCUCCGACUUCUGAAGGGCCUUCCCAAAGUCCAAUGGAUCGAAGAAAGCAAUGCACGGAAAGGCAGAGGCUUGCUUCCAGUUGCAGAAAACUUCAGCUUCUGCUUGGUAACGUUGCUGUCAGACGUUGCUUACAGGGAUGCGUCUCUCAGAGAGCAGAUUUUGGAUGCCAUUCUACAAGUAAUGCAGUUCCUGUUGGGAAUGUGCCAGACCCCACAAAUGCAUGACAAAGAGUACUUAUGCAAGUAUGCAGUGCCCUGCCUGCUGGGCAUUUCCCGGGCCUUCGGGCGCUACAGCAAUUCCGAGGAGGCUCUCCUCUCAAAGCUCUUCCCAAAACUCCCUCCACAUGCCCUGAGAGUUCCAGAAGAGCUUGAAGGAAUUCGCCGACGAUCCUUUAAUGAUUUCAGAUCCAUCCUGCCCAGUUCUCUGCUCACUGUUUGCCAGGAAGGAACGCUAAAGAGAAAGACUAGCAGUGUGUCCAGCAUCUCUCAGGUUAGUCCUGAACGUGGGGUUCCCCCUCCCAGCUCUCCUGGAGGAUCUGCAAUUCAUUACUUUGAAGGUUCAUAUCUUCCUGAUGGGAGUGCACUGGAUCCCGAUUAUUACUUCUCUACAAUCAGCUCCAGCUUUUCAGUUUCUCCUCUCUUCAAUGGCAUCAACAACAAAGAGUUCAACAUCCCCCUGGAAAUGCUCCGCCAGCUGCUGAACAUGGUCAAACAGAUCGUUGGGGAUUCUCUGCUGAAGACCUUGGAUGCAGUUGUGGCUGAAGUCUCAGAGAUGGGUGCUAGUACAGAUCUCUACUAUAAAGCAUUCAGUGACCCUCUGUACCUUGCUCAGUUUAAAAUGCUGAGGGACACAUUAUACUACAUGAAAGAUCUUCCCAACUCGUUUGUGAAGGAAAUCCAUGAUUUUGUACUAGAGCAAUUCAACAGCAGUCAGUCAGAGCUGCAGAAAAUCCUUCACGACGUGGAUCGGCUGCACAACGAACUGAGCCCUCUGAAGCUGCGCUGUCAGGCCAAUGCUGCCUGUGUGGAUCUCAUGGUGUGGGCUGUCAAAGAUGAGCAAAGUGCAGAAAACCUGUGCAUCAAGUUAUCGGAGAAGCUGCAGUCAAAAACCUCAAGCAAAGUCAUCAUUGCUCACUUGCCACUGCUGAUUUGCUGUUUGCAGGGUCUGGGCCGUUUGUGCGAGAGGUUCCCUGUUGUGGUUCAUUCUGUCAAUCCAUCCUUGAGAGACUUCCUUGUGAUACCUUCCCCAGUGCUUGUGAAGCUUUACAAGUAUCACAGCCAGUAUCACACAGUAGGUGGUAAUGACAUCAAGAUUAGUGUAACCAAUGAACAUUCAGAGUCCACCCUCAGUGUGAUGCCUGGCAAGAAAAGUCAACCAUCCAUGUAUGAGCAGCUGCGUGACAUCGCCAUAGACAACAUCUGCAGGUGCUUGAAAGCUGGCUUGACUAUAGAUUCUGUGAUCGUGGAGGCCUUUCUUGCCAGUUUGUCUAACCGGCUGUACAUCUCUCAAGAGAGUGAUAAGGAAGCUCAUUUGAUUCCUGACCACACAAUUCGUGCUCUAGGGCACAUUGCAGUGGCACUGAGGGACACCCCAAAAAUGAUGGAACCCAUCCUACAGAUCCUACAGCAGAAGUUCUGCCAACCACCUUCUCACCUUGAUGUUCUCAUCAUUGAUCAGCUGGGCUGCUUGGUCAUCACUGGAAAUCAAUACAUUUACCAGGAAGUGUGGAACCUCUUUCAGCAGAUCAGUGUUAAAGCAAGCUCAGUGGUUUACUCUGCCACAAAAGAUUACAAGGAUCAUGGAUACAGGCACUGCUCCUUAGCCGUCAUUAACGCCCUUGCUAACAUCGCUGCUAACAUCCAAGGAGAACACCUUGUGGAUGAACUUCUGAUGAACCUGCUGGAACUCUUUGUUCAGCUUGGGCUGGAAGGAAAGAGGGCCAGUGAGAGGGCAAGUGAAAAAGGACCAGCCCUGAAGGCUUCCAGCAGCGCUGGGAAUCUGGGUGUGCUCAUUCCUGUUAUUGCUGUGCUCACCAGACGCCUGCCACCCAUCAAGGAGGCCAAGCCCAGGCUGCAGAAGCUGUUCCGUGACUUCUGGCUGUAUUCGGUGCUGAUGGGCUUUGCUGUGGAGGGAUCAGGUCUCUGGCCAGAAGAAUGGUACGAAGGGGUGUGUGAAAUUGCCACCAAGUCUCCAUUGCUCACAUUUCCCAGCAAGGAGCCUCUUCGGUCUGUCCUGCAGUACAACUCCGCCAUGAAGAACGACACUGUGACUUCUGCUGAGCUGAAUGAGCUGCGGAGUACCAUAAUAAACCUCUUGGAUCCUCCUCCAGAAGUGUCAGCCCUGAUCAAUAAGUUGGACUUUGCCAUGUCUACCUAUCUCCUUUCUGUUUACCGCCUGGAGUAUAUGAGAGUGCUGCGUUCAACUGACCAAGAUCGCUUCCAGGUCAUGUUUUGCUACUUUGAGGAUAAAGCAAUCCAGAAAGACAAAUCAGGCAUGAUGCAGUGUGUGAUAGCUGUCGCCGAUAAGGUGUUCGAAGCUUUCCUGACAAUGAUGGCUGAUAAACCUAAAACAAAGGAGAACGAGGAGGAGCUGGAGAGACAUGCUCAGUUCCUGCUGGUGAACUUCAACCACAUCCACAAGAGGAUCAGGAGAGUUGCAGACAAAUACUUGUCUGGUCUGGUAGACAAAUUUCCUCACUUGCUGUGGAGUGGGACUGUGCUGAAGACUAUGCUGGAUAUUCUGCAGACACUGUCACUGUCUCUCAGUGCAGACAUUCACAAGGACCAACCAUACUAUGACAUCCCUGAUGCUCCUUAUAGAAUAACUGUCCCUGACACACAUGAGGCCAGAGAGAGCAUAGUGAAGGAUUUUGCUGCACGCUGUGGGAUGAUUCUGCAGGAGGCGAUGAAGUGGGCUCCCUCGGUGACAAAGUCUCACCUUCAGGAGUACCUAAACAAGCAUCAGAACUGGGUGUCAGGUUUGUCCCAGCACACAGGGCUGGCCAUGGCUACAGAGAGCGUUCUGCACUUCGCAGGCUACAACAGGCAGAACACCACUCUGGGCGCAACUCAGCUAACUGAAAGACCAACUUGUGUGAAGAAAGACUACUCCAACUUCAUGGCUUCUCUGAACCUGCGCAACCGCUAUGCAGGAGAGGUUUCUGGAAUGAUUCAGUUCUCAAAUGCUACAGGACGAACCUCUGACCUGAACAAACUGAUGGUCAAAGAGCUGAAUGAUGCUCUUGAAUCAGGCCACGCUCAAUUCUACACCCAGGCCAUGUUUAAGUUGACUGCACUGCUAAUAAGCAGCAAAGACUGUGAUCCCCAGCUCCUCCAUCAUCUGUGUUGGGGCCCCCUGCGAAUGUUCAAUGAACAUGGCAUGGAAACAGCAAUUGCUUGCUGGGAGUGGCUGCUUGCUGCCAAGAAUGGGAUAGAAGUGCCGUUCAUGCGGGAAAUGGCAGGAGCCUGGCAGAUGACAGUGGAGCAGAAGGUUGGCCUGUUUUCUGCUGAGCAGAAAGAAGCAGAUCCAUUAGCAGCCUCAGAAGAGAGCCAGCCAAGGCCUUGCCCGCCAGAGGUGACCCCACACUACAUCUGGAUAGAGUUUUUGGUGCAGAGGUUUGAAAUAGCCAAAUAUUGCAGUUCUGACCAAAUAGAGAUCUUCUCCAGCCUGCUCCAGCGCUCUCUGUCGCUCAACAUUGGAGGGGCAAAAGGCAGCCUGAAUCGGCACGUGGCAGCAAUCGGACCCCGAUUUAAGUUGCUGACCCUGGGACUGUCUUUGCUGCAUGCUGAUGUGGUUCCAAAUGCAACUAUUCGAAAUGUGUUGAGGGAAAAGAUUUAUUCCACUGCCUUUGAUUAUUUCAGUUGUCCCUCUAAGUUCCCUACACAAGGAGAGAAGAGGCUUCGUGAGGACAUCAGCAUAUUGAUCAAGUUUUGGACAGCAAUGUUCUCAGACAAGAAGUACCUGACAGCCAGCCAACUCGUGCCACCUGAUAAUCAAGACACCAGGAGCAACUUGGAUAUCAACGUUGGAUCUCGGCAACAGGCUACACAAGGCUGGAUAAACACUUACCCUUUGUCCAGUGGCAUGUCAACUAUAUCCAAAAAAUCAGGAAUGUCUAAGAAGACAAACAGAGGCACACAGCUGCACAAGUACUACAUGAAGCGGAGAACACUGCUGCUGUCACUGCUGGCUACCGAGAUCGAGCGCCUCAUCACGUGGUACAAUCCACUCUCUUCUCCUGAGCUAGAGCUGGAUCAGACUGGGGAGAGCAGCGUAGCAAACUGGAGGUCGAAGUAUAUCAGUCUCAGUGAGAAGCAGUGGAAGGAUAAUGUAAAUCUGGCUUGGAGCAUUUCCCCUCAUCUCGCUGUCCAGCUGCCUACCAGAUUUAAGAACACUGAAGCUAUUGGAACAGAAGUGACUCGGCUGGUUCGGCUGGACCCAGGAGCUGUUAGUGAUGUUCCUGAAGCAAUAAAGUACCUGGUUACCUGGCAUACCAUUGAUGCUGAUGCACCUGAGCUCAGCCAUGUUCUGUGCUGGGCACCCACAGACCCACCAACUGGCCUCUCCUACUUCUCAAGCAUGUAUCCACCUCAUCCUCUAACAGCUCAGUACGGGGUUAAAGUUCUGCGGUCCUUUCCUCCGGAUGCCAUUUUAUUCUACAUUCCCCAGAUCGUGCAGGCACUUCGGUAUGACAAGAUGGGUUACGUUAGAGAGUACAUCCUGUGGGCAGCUGCCAAAUCCCAGCUCUUGGCUCACCAAUUCAUCUGGAACAUGAAAACUAACAUCUACCUGGAUGAGGAAGGACACCAAAAAGAUCCUGACAUUGGAGAACUUCUGGAGCAGCUGGUAGAGGAGAUAACAGGCUCACUGUCGGGGCCAGCCAAGGAGUUCUACCAGCGGGAAUUCGACUUCUUCAACAAGAUCACCAACGUCUCAGCCAUUAUCAAGCCAUUCCCCAAAGGAGAUGAAAGGAAGAAAGCUUGUCUGAGUGCUCUGUCUGAGGUGAAAGUGCAGCCUGGCUGUUACCUGCCCAGCAACCCUGAGGCUAUUGUUCUGGACAUCGACUACAAAUCAGGAACUCCCAUGCAGAGUGCGGCGAAGGCACCCUACCUGGCCAAGUUCAAAGUGAAGCGGUGUGGAGUCAGUGAGCUUGAGAAAGAAGGUCUGCGCUGUCGUUCUGAUUCCAUAGAUGAGAGUGCAGAGGAGGGGGUGGACAGCAAGAAAAUCUGCUGGCAGGCAGCCAUCUUUAAAGUGGGAGAUGACUGCAGACAGGACAUGUUAGCUUUACAAAUCAUCGAUCUCUUCAAGAACAUCUUUCAGCUGGUGGGCCUGGAUCUUUUUGUGUUUCCAUACAGAGUGGUGGCCACAGCUCCUGGGUGUGGUGUUAUUGAGUGCAUCCCUGACUGCACGUCCCGGGACCAGCUGGGCCGGCAGACGGACUCGGGGAUGUACGACUACUUCACCAGGCAGUAUGGAGAUGAGUCCACCCUCGCCUUCCAGAAGGCUCGCUAUAAUUUCAUCCGCAGUAUGGCUGCCUACAGUCUGCUCCUGUUUCUGCUCCAGAUCAAAGACAGGCACAAUGGCAACAUCAUGCUGGACAAAAAGGGACACAUCAUCCACAUUGAUUUUGGAUUCAUGUUUGAAAGCUCACCUGGUGGAAAUCUGGGCUGGGAGCCUGACAUUAAGCUGACUGAUGAGAUGGUGAUGAUAAUGGGAGGAAAAAUGGAAGCAACUCCCUUCAAAUGGUUCAUGGAGAUGUGUGUCAGAGGCUAUCUGGCAGUCAGGCCUUACAUGGAUGCUGUGGUCUCGCUGGUUACCUUGAUGUUGGACACGGGGCUGCCCUGCUUCCGUGGGCAGACAAUCAAGCUGCUGAAGCACAGGUUCAGCCCCAACAUGACCGAACGGGAGGCUGCAACUUUCAUCAUCAAGAUCAUCCAGAAUUGUUUCCUCAGCAACAGGAGCAGGACAUAUGACAUGAUCCAGUACUACCAGAAUGACAUCCCAUACUGAGAGGCACUGGAGAGUCACUGCUGAAGUGAAACCUGCAACCCUGUGCCCUCACUGCAAGCUUGUACCGAGUAGGAGCUGCUCAGUCACACCUCACUGUCCCCAUCGUCCCUGUCUGUGUGUGUGGGGCCCUGGUUCCUGGCCAUGGCAACAACUGCUCCAGUUCAUUCCUUCCUCUGUACCGGGUUCUAGAUACUUCUGGUUUCCUCUGGAGUUGUUGAGUUGGGCUGCAAUCACAAGACAAGUAGUACCACGAUUAUCAGUGUGUGAAAGAGGCAGAGCCAGUGGGGUUCUAGGAGUUUUCAUGCAAUGCAAGGGUUUUCUAAUACCUUUAAAGAGUCAACAAACCCUUUUCCUGCACAAUCCCCCUCUAAAUGCUAUGGAAGGGAAGGGUGUGGAUUGCUCUUGGGAAGCAGAAAUGUUAACUUGGUCUGAUUUUACUGUAGAAAAAGCCUGAUAAUCAGCCAGGGCAGUGAUGUCUGUGUAGCUGUGUUCAUACUUUGCACUGUACAUGGUCCCUGUUACGUGGUCAGUAUUUCCUCUGUACAUGAAGAAUGUAUUUUUUCCUUUUGUGUGUUUUAAAAAAGAGACUCUACUGAAGAUAUAUUUAAUCUAUAAAAUGUAAUAAAAGACCUUAGAGUUUGGGUCUGGUUCAA